UCGGUGCCAUUAAAAUUUACUUUUCUAAUUUUGUUGAGAAUUUUCUUUCCCUAAUUUUGAGAUAUAAUUCUCAGAUUUUUCUUUAUGUCGUCCAACGUAACUAUGAGCGAUGUCCAAACUGACAUUAGAUCCGUGGCUGAGUCAAAAGGAGGAGUAAAAUUCGACUUAGUCCUUUCAGAUUCUCCAAAUAAACCAUUUCCGAAAUUUCUCGUAUCCUCUCCGGCAAAAAGAGAUCGUUCACUGUCUGAUAUAGAGAGAAAACUUCAAGCUGCGGAAAGAAGAAGGUUAUCGCAAAAAGGUAUAAAGCACAACUUACUUUCUCAACGCCUAAGCCGAGUAUCUGAAGUACAGAGAAACAAGAACAGUUUUAUUCGUGACUUCAAACGAGCAGUGAGGGAAAACCAUGAUCGCAAAAUGAAAGUUUCCGGUAGAAACAGAGCAGAGUACCUUGAUUCAAUAAAGCAGAAAAAUAAAAAUGAGAUGAUGAGAGUCAAUGAAAUAAAAAAUACAACAUUAUUCUUAAGACAGAGUCAUUUUAACACAUUCUGCCGCAAAUUCGAAACUUCAGAACAUGCUAGACAAGCGCAGUUCAAGGCCCUAGAAGAACAUUUAUCUAAACAAGAUAGCAGGAUGGAACAUCUGAGGUUGCAAAUAGAAAGGCUCAUAAAGGAGGUGAAGAGCUGUAGUGUACAUGAAAGAAAGCUUAAUGAAAUUCCAAUGGAUAAUAUGAAUGGAAAUAUAAAUUACGAUGGAAAUGUGUUACGUCCAUGAAAAACCUGAAGCUUAAGGUAUUCGAAACAGACAGUCUUGCAUAAUGUAUUCACCAUCUGUGUAUAUAUUUCUUGUCAUAGUACUUUUAAAUUUUCUAUGUAAUCAUUUUUAUAAAGAAAGGUAUUUCUGGGGCCAUUUACUUAUAAAA